CCCACGUGACUUGAAGUGACCAAUAGAAUUCAUAUAAGACCGCCAUCUUCGUCGUCAUAGAGGGAGUUCUAAUUAUUUCGCAGCUGUUUUUUAUGAUUGAUGCUAACGAUGGUAGCUAUUCAGAAGACAUGUAUUAAGGACAUAUUUCCAUUUGAAAGAAGAUUUUCUGCAGAGGAUACUGAGAGUCUGCUGUGUUAGGGUAGAAAGAUUUAUCAACCAAUUUAUGUCUUCAGAAUGAAAGAAUAAGACUGUAAAAUUUAACGAAGACAAUGUUUCAGAAAGUGAGCAAGCAUUACAAAUGUGAUAUUUGUGGCAAACUACUUAGUACAAAAUCUAAUUUAGCUAUUCAUAGGCGCACUCAUACUGGGGAAAAGCCAUACCACUGUGAAGUAUGUGAGAAAACAUUCACUCAAAAAGCAAAUUUAAUAGAACACAAACGUACACAUACAGGAGAGAAACCAUUUCACUGUGAAAUAUGUGGAAAAUCAUUUUCUACUAAAUGUUAUAUAAAGAUACACAAACGUACUCACACAGGAGAGAAACCAUUUCAUUGUGAAAUCUGUGGCAAAACAUUUUCAGGGCGUAGUAGUGCAACAAGUCAUCGGCUUAUUCACACUGGAGAAAAACGAUACGAUUGUGAAAUCUGUGGCAAAUCAUUUUCUAAGGUUAAUAAUUUAACAAGACAUACACGUACUCACACUGGGGAGAAGCCAUACAAGUGUGAUGAUUGUGGGAAAGCAUUUUCUGAUGUGAGUGCCUGUGAAACACAUAGAGGUGUGCAUUCAAAACCUUACCACUGUGAAAUCUGUGGUAAAACAUUUUCUGUCAAAGAAUCUUUAACAGUCCACAAACGAGUUCACACUGGAGAGAAGCCAUAUCAUUGUGACAUAUGUGGGAAAGGGUUUACAAACAGUGGUACCUUAAUAAGGCAUAAACGUACUCACACAGGGGAAAAACGACACCACUGUGAAAUCUGUGGGAAAGUAUUUCCUGAAAAAUAUGUCUUAACAUUACACAAACGUAUUCACACAGGAGAGAAACCAUAUCACUGUGAAGUUUGUGGAAAAGACUUUUUUGAUAGCUGCAGCUUAAAGAAACACAUUCGUAUUCAUACUGGGGAAAAAGCAUAUCACUGUGAAAUUUGUGGUGAAGCAUUUUCUGAAAAUGGUACUUUAAAAAGACACAGACGUAUUCACACAGGAGAGAAACCAUAUCACUGUUUAAUAUGUGGAAAAGAAUUUUCACUUAAGACCAGCUUAACAAGACAUACAUGUGUUCAUACUGGAUAAAAGCCACACUAAUGUGAAAAGUGUCGGAAAGCAUUUUCUGAAAAAUCUGUCCUAUAAACACACUCAUAAUGGAGAAAAACCAUAUCAGUGUGAAGUUUGUGGCAAGGAAUUUUCCAGUAGUGGCAGCUUAAAUGGACAUAUAUGUACACACACUGGAAAGAAAGCACACCACUGUGAAGUCUCUAACUUGAGGUGUUUAAUAAGGCACAAUCGUACUCAAUCUUACCACUGACUUUUGUAGGAUAGUAUAGUAUAAAACCAUAUUGUUGUGAUAUUUGUAUUAAAGAAUUUAUGUAUAUGAAUGUUAUUAAAGUGCUAUAAAUGUUUA